GACCAGUUCAGCGCCCUCAUGGGAGCCGCCACCAUCAGCUCCGGUGCUCCGACGACGACUUAUCAUCACGGCGGGGUAAUGGCUGCUGCAAAUGCCUUGCCGGCGAUGAUGCAGCAGGAGGCCGCGGAGGCGCCGACGCUGAUCGGGGUGCGGAGGCGGCCGUGGGGCAAGUACGCGGCGGAGAUACGGGACUCGACGCGCAACGGCGAGCGCGUGUGGAUCGGCACCUUCGACACCCCCGAGGCUGCCGCGCUCGCCUACGACCAGGCCGCCUACUCCAUGCGCGGCGCCGCCGCGGUGCUCAACUUCCCCGUCGAGCACGUGCAGGAGUCGCUCCGCGCGCUGGGGCUCACCGGCGCCGCCGGGGACGAUUCGCCGGUGCUGGCGCUCAAGCGACGCCACUGCAUCCGCAAGCGCGGGCCUAAGAACAAGCAGAAGCCGGCCGCCGGCAAGGAAGGGCAGCUACCAGCAGCGGCUAGAGAACAGAUGGCGGCGGCGACGGCUAGUCAUGGGCAUGGCAAGCAAAUGCAGGCAGCUUCUUGCGCGCUGGAGCUCGAGGACCUGGGGGCUGAGUACCUGGAGGAGCUUCUCGCCCUAUCUGACCAAUGA